CUCACGCUCAUUACUGCUUCGCCGGCCGGUCCUGCGCACACGCAUAGCGCGUUGCUCGCGAACGGACGACAACACCGACGCACUGCCUACGUUAUGUUGCCUCUCAUCUCUCGAUACAAUAUGGAGAGCUUUUCGAAAUCGUGCAUCUGGCUUGUUGCAGCGGCACUUUUGGCCGCGUGCGGCGUGAGUGCUGGCGUUGGAAGUAAAAGGCCGUUUACGCCUACCGAUUCGAUAUUAGAUAUCAUUGAUACGGAGCAAGUUGAAAAAAUGCUCGCGGCGAGACGACGAGCGGAGGAAGCGACGGCGUCACCGACUUCCUACAUGCAAAGAAACGAACUUGGCGAAGGCAGUUCCGAAACUAUGGUCGUAUCUGCACCUGACCCAGAGGAUGUGACCGAGAUGCCUAAAGGUGCAGCUUUUCGGAAUAUCCUCAAAUCGUCGAAGAACGCAUUAAUUGUGACUAAAAAGGAAUAUCUGAAAGAAGAUUGGUGUAAAACUGAAAAGUUGAUACAAAAGAUCCGCGAACCCGGAUGCUUGCAGGCAACAGUUAUAAACAAUUUUUGUUACGGACAGUGCAACUCGUUUUAUAUUCCGAAAGGACCGCGGCGUCGCGAAGGGAAUGACGAACGGCCUCCACCUGCGUUCAAGUCGUGUUCAUUUUGCAAACCGAAAAAGUUCACCUGGAUCACUGUCACCCUCCGGUGUCCUGGACAGAACCCGCCGUUUAGGCGCAAGCGUCUACAAAAGAUCAAACAGUGCAAGUGUCUUCCUGUAGGUGUGAACUGAUGCUAGCUUGCGACAGACCCUCCUCACAGAGGCGGACAAUCCGUCCAGCUCAAUCGGUGGAUCGCAUCCGAGUUAUGUGCUGAGCGCGCAAAGUUUAGAAGUUGAAAAAGGAAAGAACACAGAAGAUUGCAAUCGUAAAGUGUGCAGUAAGGGGAUUUGUAAUGACAUUGUUACCUGAUGUUUUGAUUAGUAAUUCUGGCUCGCUAAGUGGGCAAGUACGGAGCGGAUUGUUGGAUAUAUUAUUCGGAUCGCGUGCUCUCAUACGUCAAUAGAGAUGACGUAAUGUGAUGCAGCGUAAUAACUUGUAAUAGAGCUGCUUCUACUGCAAGCUGUGAAGCAAAAGCUUUAAUUGUUUAUAGUGAUACUGAUUAGUUGGCUGAUGUUAGAAAACUAGUGACUGGUGACCUUGCGGUCGUUUAAGGAUUAUUUAGUACAAACGUGCCGUUGGAAAAAUCUGUGCUUGUUUCGUAAUUAACGGAGAACAUAGUGUUUGCUUCGCAAUUAAAGAAAAAUAUACACGUUUUUCAACAGAAUAAGUGUGAUAUUAGUCGUAGAAAAAUCGUAACUUCUUGAUAUUGCACUGAUCGAACGCAGGUUUAUUUUAUUUAUUUUAAUAUAAUUUAACAAUAAUAUUAUAUAGUAGGUAGUAUGUAGAUACCAAAAUACGCUUAUAUGACAUAAUUUUACGGUAACUGUUUAGAAGGUGGUAGAAUCGUCUUGAUAUACCUAGGUAGGAGAUACAGAGUAAAUGUUACUUAGUAUGACUUUAAGAUAAUUCAAAUCAUAUGAUCUCUGUUUGCUCUCCAAUCUUCGCAUUUGUUUAUUUAAUAACAAUUUACAUUAUAUGCUCUGUUGCACGAUGUUUGACAAAUGUAAAACAUAUCUUGUCAGAGAUAUCACUAUGCAAACUUCUAACAUACUCGUUCCGAGUCUUUCACCUCAAAACGCCCUUUUUGAGGUUUCGAAAAGACUCAAAUACUUUUCUGGCAUUUCAUAGGAUCAUAUCUCGAAAAGAUUAUAAUUAACACAACAAAUUUUUAAUUUAGUUUUCUAGUAUUUCUUAUAAAUAGCAUAAUAUUAUAUUUUCCGGGAUGUUAAUAGUGAGUCUGUGAACUGAAAUUACUUUUACCUAUCUAUAAUUCUUAAUUUCUGUAUAUAUAAAUUCUAUAAAAAUUGCUGUCUAGUUGUUUUAAAAUAAACUUCAUAAAUAACUGGUUCGGAAUAAAUAAAAUAAAUAUAAUGCUAAUUUCAUUAAUCAAGAAUAUGUGAGUAGGUAUGUAUCUACCGAUUCUUUAUAAAGUAUUUAUUAAUAAUUGAAUUGAUUUGCGUGAAAUCUAAAACAACAGCCGCAUGUGUUACUUACCUACGUGGUAUACCGGUAACACAUACAUAACAUGUACUUAGUAGGUAUAUACCGAAGAUAUUGCACACAAUUUAAAAUUUAUUAAGAGUGGCUGCACGCAUAAUUCGUACCUUAUAGGUAAAAUUAUAUUUAUAUAUAGAUAUUAUAUAUAUUUACCCAUUAUGGUUGCGUGUGUAUCUUCGUUACCAGUUUCCUCAAAAUAUACUAAAAAUAUAUUGGUGCGGUUUAUGUAUUUCGCUUUACAUAGAUGAAUGCAAUCUCAGGGCAAUAUUUUCGUAAUUUUUUAAGGUCUCUCAAAAUUUUCUCUAUUAUUAUUGUCUUAGUAAGAAUACUAAAACUUAGAAUUCAUCACAAAAGAUUUGAACUAUUACAAUUUUAUUAUUGUUUAUUUUAUAAUAUGGUUCGAU